GGCCUACCGGCUCCGAGUUGCCGCGGCUCACGAUGCGCGGCGGGCAGGGCGCGACGCGGGCUCCGGUGCUCCAGUUCACCAACUGCCGCAUCCUGCGCGGUGGCGCACUGCUCAGGGAGGACCUGUGGGUGCGUGAGGGCCGCAUCCUGGACCCGGAGAAGCUGUUCUUCGACGAGCGGCGCGUGGCCGACGAGCAGCGGGACUGCGGGGGCUACAUCUUGGCGCCAGGCUUCAUCGACGUGCAGAUCAACGGUGGAUUUGGUGUCGACUUCUCCAAGAUCACAGAGAAUGUGGGAUCGGGGGUUGCGCUGGUGGCCCAGAGGAUUCUGUCCCACGGUGUCACCUCUUUCUGUCCUACCCUGGUCACUUCCCCACCAGAGAUUUAUCAYAAGCGUCCUCAUCUGCCACAGCCCCUCCCUACCCCCACUGCCGKCCUCCAAUCCUCCUGGAGCAAGCAAGGUUGCUGGAGACAGAACCAUUGCCUGGGGUCAGACUCUAUUUCCUGUCUCUGGCACUCUGCCCCAGAGGGAGGACUGGUGAAGAAUGCGUGUUUUCUUCUCAUCACUCACUGGGUCCAGGUCCUUCCUCAGAUCCCCGUGAAGAGUGGUGGUCCCCAUGGGGCAGGGGUCCUCGGGGUGCACCUAGAGGGCCCGUUCAUCAGCCAGGAGAAGCGGGGUGCACACCCUGAGGCCCACCUCCGUUCUUUUGAGGCCCAUGCCUUCCAUGAUGUGCUGGCCACCUAUGGUCCCUUGGACAACGUUCGCAUUGUGACACUGGCCCCUGAGCUGGGCCGCAGCCAUGAAGUGAUCCAGGCACUGACAGCCCAGGGCAUCUGCGUUUCCCUAGGGCACUCAGUGGCUGACCUACAGKCUGCAGAGGAAGCAGUACAGAGUGGGGCCACCUUCAUUACCCACCUCUUCAAUGCCAUGUUGCCUUUCCACCACCGUGAUCCUGGGAUUGUGGGGCUCCUGACCAGUGACCGCCUGCCCCCUGGGCGCUGCAUCUUCUAUGGAAUGAUUGCCGAUGGCAUACACACCAAUCCUGCAGCCCUACGCAUUGCCUACCGGGCCCAUCCCCACGGGCUGGUGCUAGUCACUGAUGCUGUCCCUGCCCUGGGCCUGGGCAAUGGCCGUCAUACACUGGGACAGCAGGAUGUGGAAGUGGAUGGGUUGACGGCCUAUGUGGCAGGCACCAAGACGCUGUGUGGCAGCAUAGCACCAAUGGAUGUCUGCGUCCGGCAUUUUCUGCAGGCCACAGGCUGCAGUGUGGAGGCAGCCCUGGAGGCUGCAUCCCUGCAUCCCGCCCAACUGCUGGGGCUGGAGAAGAGCAAGGGGAGUCUGGACUUUGGUGCUGAUGCAGACUUCGUGGUGCUCGACGACACCCUCCGUGUCCAGGCCACCUACAUCUCUGGUGAGCUGGUGUGGCAAGCAGAGGAAGCCAGGCUAUAACCAAGGACCUCAGCAGGAGAGGAUGCCCAGCCCCAGCUGGACACUGACAUGGCGGACAGUCGAGGGAGCUGGUCUCCAGAGAGCAAGUUGGGACCCCUCCUCCAGGUUGGCCCUUCCAGAGCCUCAAGUGGCCCUGGAGGCAGUGGCUCGGAUAAAUGUGUGGCCAGCAGGACUUGCCUUGUCUCUGGGUGUUGUUUUUGAAGCAGGGCUGCUGUCCUGGGGCCUCAUUGAAAGUGUUUGUGUCUUGGGGCAGAAAUGGUUGGAUUCCUUGUGGGCCCCCUAUUAGGCUGGACCUGUCUGAGGUCUAUAAAUCCACAGGAAGAUAGAGUUCGAAGUGAGCAGGGAGUCCUUCAGUAUGGCGGGUGGAAUGGAAUCAUGGCCAUGGUUGGAAGACUACAGGAAGGAGUUGGGGACACUGAUGGUGGGUGGUUUUUAAUGUUUAGUCACAUUCCCUGAGCUGGGUGGGCAGAGGGGAGACCCAAGGCCCAGUUCUGGACGUGGGCACAGUUCCAGGCCCUCUGUUGAGACCUUCAUGAGGGUGUCCACACUGGUCUUGGAACUCCAGGUCACCCAGCACUGAGUGCAGGAGGUAGUACCCAAGGGUCCCAAUCCAGGCCAGGACCCCCAGCUAGCUGUUUAUCCCUGGCCUGUUGACUUGCCCUGAUCUCAGUCCCAUCACCUAGCGCCCUUGUGCAUAGUCAUGGUUCUAUGUUCUUUUACAUCAUAGCUCAGCAGCCCCACCUCCCCAACCUGCCCCUGGUGGGUUUGACAAGCCCUCCCCUUGCCCACCAUAGUUUGGUGGCUAUGGAGACCUGCCAGUGCUGUUGGGAAGCUCAGGGUCUCACCACUGUUCAGGGGCUCUUCAACUUAUGCUUGCUUCUUUAAUGUUGCUUGGGCAACACAUUCCAGUGUUCUACUCCAACAUAUUCUUGGUCUUCCUCCAUUAAAGUACCAUGGGCCAUCAGGCUCUUUGGAUAGCUUCAAGGUGGGCAGGCUUUGGGGGCCCUCCUGGCUCUGAGGAUGGCUGUGACACAGGGGGGUCAAGCCUGGGAGUAGUGUCUUGACUUUCUUCCUAUUUGGGUCCUGGAGUAGGUGGCUCCACCCCCUUUUGUGUGAUGAGAUUAUUCCUUGGUGCAAGAGAAAAAUGUGCCAGGAUGCUGUUGUAUGUUGCUUCCAAUAAAAGAAAUGUC